AUGGCGAUAGACAAAUUAAGUAACGAUCCGAACCCGAACCAGAAUCCCAAGCCGAAGCAGAAAAAGUUCCAGUGGUGCGAGCUAGUUGAUGAGGACAAUGGGAAGGACUUGGAUUUUCUGUUGCCGCCUCGGCAAGUGAUUAGGCCGGACGAGAGGGGAGUGAAGAAGGUGGUCGAGUACAAGUUCGACGACGAAGGGAACGAGGUGAAGAAAACGACGACGGCCCGGGUCCAAAAGUUUGCGAAGACCCAGUUGAGCAAACGAGCCAUGGAGCGCAGGGCCUGGCCCAAGUUCGGCGACGCCGUCCAUGACGACGUUGGUGCUCGUCUCACCAUGGUCUCCACUGAGGACAUCUUUCUUGAACGCCCUAGGCCUCAUGGUAGCAAACCAGAAGAAACCGAGGUAGCAGGAAACUUAGGUAACGCAGGUGCCGUUCUCAUGGUAUGCAGGAUUUGUAAUACGAAAGGUGUUCACUGGACAGCAAAGUGCCCUGCCCAGUAUCUUGCCCAUCACACUGAUGAUCCUAGAGCCAACGAGGGAGCUUAUGUGCCUCCAAGCAUGAGACGAGGCGCUGAAAGAGCCGGUGGAUCAGAUAUGAGGCACCGGAGUGAUGAAAAUUCAGUUCGGGUCACCAAUUUAUCAGAGGAUACUAGAGAGCCUGACUUGCUUGAACUAUUCCAAACAUUUGGCCAUGUUACUCGUGCGUAUGUUGCUAUUGAUCAAAAGACGGGCAUGAGCAGAGGCUUUGGUUUUGUCAAUUUUGUAAACAGAGAAGAUGCUGAGAGAGCAAUCAACAAGCUCAAUGGGUAUGGUUAUGAUAACCUCAUCCUUCGAGUUGAAUGGGCUACACCCAGAUCAAAUUAGAAUAUUGUUUUUCUAAGGAAGUUAGCCUUCACAGAAAUUUUGUAGAGUUUCUGUCAAAUUUUGCUAGUAGUGGUGGUUUUAGGUUUUCGUUUUUCUGUCCUGGAGUCUCUUUGUUAUGUUAUCUCUUGGGUUAAUUUUUUGAGUUAAAUUCAUCAUUAUAUAAAUUCUUUCGUU